UAUUGCUGCCAUGUCCCAGUAACGUACUCCAAUUCGUACCAGUCCACAAUGGACUCAAUCAUUACACGCCAACCCCCGGCGUCUGUAACAUAUGACCUUAGCCACCCGGCACAGACAAUCAUCACCCUCCCGGCAGGCUCAACAUGGUCUUCGGGCUUGCAUUUCCACCGCUCACACGAUGAGUACCUCGUCGUGCAUCGCGGCUCCGUGAGAGUCCGCCUCGAUUCCAGGGUUGAGACUGUGAAUGUCCGCCCCGGCGAUGCUCCCAUUGAGAUCGCUGUACCGCGCGGGGUAUGGCACGAUUGGGGACGUGCGACAACUAGUCACGCAACUUCCGACUGCGAUCUCGCUCAAGAGGACGUCGUGGUGAUAGAGCGCACGGAUCCAGCAGACGGCGAGAAGACAGUUUUCUUCUGGAACCUGAAUACUGUCAUACUACAGCAGACGCCCUGGUGGUUUCCAGCAAGGAGGAUGUGGGACUGGUGGGUGACAUUUCGACUGUUUGUGAUCUUUGCCGAGCUGGACAAUGUGCCCGUUAUGUUGGAUGUGCCUGCAUUAGUAGCGGGGACAUGGCUCCAGGGCGCUAUAUGUAGGUUGUUAGGUGAAGCGUGUGUGGAACGUUGGGUAAGGGGUAUGGAUGAGAGUUGGUCAUUGCUUGUGUUAUGGGUGGCACAGUUGAUCGGGCACACGUUAGGCUUGGGGGCUGUCGGACGCAAGUUUACACCACUAGAGGCGUACCAAGAGUCGGUGGCAACCGGGAAGAAGGGGAAGAAAGAGAUGUGACCAUACACAAUACAGACUUAGUUGUUCAGACUCUCAUUCUCUUACCUAUACUUGACAUAGAAAGAGGUAGUCUGAUACUAACUUGUCGUUUAAGAACAAUAAUGUUAUAUCUAGGUAUAUGUAAAUCUAUUGACAGGC